GGACGCCUGCCGAGUAGUAGAACGACGGAGAAGUCAACCAACAGAAGAACCCAACUUUACGACUGACAGGUGACAGAAUAUGUCCAGAGCUGACUGGUCCUUCCUGGAGCAGCUGUUGGAGGAGGGGCAGGAGUAUAGCACCGGGGUGGGCCGUGUCUGGCUCACUGUCCUCUUCCUGUUCCGCAUGCUGGUCCUGGGCACCGCCGCAGAGUCAGCCUGGGACGACGAACAGGACGACUUCGUCUGUAAUACCAAGCAACCUGGAUGUACCGCCGUGUGUUACGACAAAGCUUUCCCCAUAUCACAUUACCGCUAUUUUGUCCUCCAGGUGAUUUUUGUUUCCACACCAACUAUUUUCUAUUUUGGGUAUGUGGCCAUGAGGGCUGCGAAGGAGAAGAAAAUGGAGGAAGAGGAGGAGGAGAGGACGGAGGAGGGUGGAGCUGGUGAGGGACGAGAGAGGGGAGGAGUAAAGACGAAGAGGGAGGUGAGAAAGGGGGAUGAGAUAGAAGAACUAGAGGAGGAGAAAGGAGGGAGAAAGGUGGUGAAAGCUCUCCCAGAGUCUCCUAAGCUGAAGGGCCGUCUCCUCUGUGCCUAUGCCGCCAGCAUCCUCCUCAAGGUCCUCCUGGAGGUCGGCUUCAUCGUGGGGCUAUGGUACCUCUACGGCUUCGUGAUCCCGGCCCGGUUCGAGUGUGUCCGGGACCCCUGUCCUCACACGGUGGACUGCUUCGUCUCCAGACCCACGGAGAAGACCAUCUUCACCAUCUACACCCAGACAAUCGCUGGAGUCUCUCUCCUUCUCAACCUAGCAGAGCUCCUCUACCUCCUCCAGCUGGCCAUCACCCACCACCUAGAACAACGCUACGCCCAGGAGCAGUACACCUUUCCUGGCAUACCCGAGGUCCGAGUCCGGCCUGGUGCUCCAAGCCUGGAGAUGGAGAUGCAGCAAGUUUCGCCUUACCAGGAGAAGGGCCAUCUGUAUUUACCCAUGGGGGAGGCCGGCUACGCCAAUCCCAGUGAGAGUUAUCUGGACCUGGGGGAGGCCGGCUACGCCAAGCCCAGUGAGAGUUAUCUGGUCCUGGGGUCCAGAGCAGGGAUGGAUCCUGGUGGUGACAUUCUCCCCAGUUACUUGAACUGUUUGGGGGCGAUAAGGACUACACACUCUUCAGGGAGAGCUCACCAUAAGAAAUACAGCACACAACACACACACAGUAAGGGUGCCCAGAAGGGACACAGUAACAAACACACUAAGCAUUAUGUAUGAGGAAACCAGAGAGGUUUGGUUCUGUGAAUAGAAGAAAGCCACUACAUAUGUCCACUACAGACUGACACAGGCACCUUCG